AUGGGGAGCUCCGAACCUAUUAAUGAAGCUGACAUGGAUGGCCAUGCCAGGAUGCCAACCCUGAAUGACUGGAAAAACACAGUUCCUAAAUGCAUGAACAGUGAUCCACGGAAUAUCAAGCAUAAAUAUUAUCAGCCAGGGGAUGUGAUUAUAGCUGCCAUUAGUUCACAAAGCUUCAUGUUUUCCAACCCUCUCAACUUUGAAAGGCAUCCCUCUUCUGAAGUCCUUGAUGAUCUCAUAUUUUUGACUCAGACCUACCAGCACAUCUUGGCUCUUGUCUUUGCUGUGAAGGAGAUCAAUGAUGAUACCCAGAUGCUACACAACAUCUCCUUGGGUUUCAACAUUUAUAAUGCCUACUUCACAGGAAGCUUAACUUAUCUUGCUUCACUGGAGCUCCUCUCUACUUGGGGCAAGUUCAUUCCAAACUAUAAAUGCGAUGCCCGAAGUACCACUAUGGCUGUGAUUGGGGGCCCCGACUCUAAAGCAUGUCUUUUCAUGGCAACCAUUCUGAGCAUAUACAAGUUACCACAGGAUGACAAUGGCCUCAGGUUUAUACAGAAAGAACUUCCCAAGUUUUCCCAAAGUGGUAUCUGCUUUGACUUUAUAGAACCAUUCCCAACUGUGUAUUUCAAAAGUGGCAUUCAUGAAAUGAUGGAAUCGUGGGUCAAACUCUACGUCUUGAUAAGUAAUAGCAUUGCCAGUGUUGUGGUUAUACAUGGUGAGAUUCACACUACUAUCUUUUUGAGAAUGUUUCCUAGAAUUUUGGAAGUUGAAGACAUUCAAAUGAAGACAGGUAAAGUCUGGAUAAUGAUGGCGCAGGUAGAAUUCACUUCUGUUCCUUUUCAACGAUCCUGGGAUCUAGAUAUCCUUCACGGUUCCUUAGCCUUUGCAAUCCAGUCAAAGGAGGUGGUGGGUUUCCAAAAUUUUCUUCAGAUGAGAAACCCUAAUGUGGAAACCAGAGAUGGUUUUCUUAAGGACUUUUGGAGACAGGCAUUUGAUUGUUCCUUCCCAACAACCUUAGAGGACAAUGUUUGGAAUCUCUGCAGUGGGGAGGAGAAACUGGAGACUCUUCCUAGAUCUGUCUUUGACAUGAGCAUAACUCCUCAUAGCUAUAGCAUCUACAAUGCAGUUUAUGCUGUGGCCCAUGCAUUGAAAUCCAUGAGCUCAUCAAUGCUCAAACACAGAACUAUGUCAGGGGAAGGACAGAAGAAUGUUCUGAAUUCAUUGCUUUGGCAGGUCCAUCCUUAUCUCAGAAAAGUCUCCUUUAACAAUAGUGUUGGGAAGAUGAUUUCCUUUGAUCAAAAUGGGAACCUGGAAGCAGGAUUUGAUAUUAUCAAUUGGAUCACAUUCCCAAACUUAACAUUGCAUCAAGUCAAAAUGGGAACAUUUGAUCACAGAGCUCCCAAAGAAGAUGCUUUCAGUCUUUUUGUUGAUGCCAUCAGAUGGCCAAGGAGAUUUAACCGGGUACAGCCUCGUUCUUUGUGUAAUGAACCCUGCCAUAAAGGUCACAGCAAGACCAAGAAGGAAGGGAAGCCAUUUUGUUGUUAUGAUUGCCUUCCAUGCCCAGAAGGAAAAGUGUCAAACUGGACAGACAUGGAUUCUUGUUACCAGUGUCCAGAGGAUCACUAUCCCAGCAAAGCCCAGGAUCAAUGCAUUCCAAAAGAGAUCAGUUUCCUAGCUUUUCAAGAGCCUUUGGGGAUCACCUUGGCCAUUGUUGCUCUUUUAUUUUCCUCCAUCACAGCUCUGGUCCUUGCAGUCUUUGUCCGACACAAGAAUACACCCAUCGUCAAGGCCAACAACCGGGGCCUCAGCUACACCCUCCUGGCUUCCCUUUUGCUUUCCUUUCUCUGUCCUUUGCUUUUCAUUGGUCGGCCGCAGAUGGCAACCUGUCUCCUUCGCCAAACUGCUUUUGGAAUUGUUUUCUCUCUGGCGGUUUCUUGUGUGGUGGCCAAAACUCUCAUUGUGGUCUUGGCUUUCAUGGCCACUAGGCCAGAUUCUAAGAUGAGGUCAUGGGUAGGGAAUAAGUUGGCCGUCUUUAUGGUGCCUUCCUGCUCCCUCAUUCAAACCACUCUUUGUACUGUGUGGCUGGUGAAAUCUGCUCCCUUCCCAGACCUUGAUAUGCACUCACUGCCUACAGAAAUGGUCCUGGAAUGCAAUGAAGGCUCCGCUGCCAUGUUUUAUUGUGUCCUGGGUUUCAUUGGCCUCUUGGCCAUGAUCAGCUUUACAGUGGCUUUCCUUGGCAGGAACCUCCCAGAUAGUUUCAAUGAAGCCAAAUUUAUUGCCCUCAGCAUGCUUCUCUUUUGCAGUGUCUGGAUCUCUUUUGUCCCAGCCUACCAGAGCACCAAAGGGAAAUACAUGGUGGCUGUGGAGAUCUUCUCCAUUUUAGCCUCAAGUGCUGGAUUAUUGGUCCUCAUUUUCUUCCCCAAACUCUACAUCAUCUUGAUAAGACCUGAGCUGAAUAACAAGCAACAACUCAUGCGAAAAAACCUCAUAAAUGAUUUAUAG